AAACGUAGACAGAUCUGAGCCAAGAGAAAACAGACCGUUGGAAGGUUGUGGCAAGAAGGGCAUUAGAUACUCAAAGGCGCAAACAUUAGCGCACGUAUUUUUCAUCCCUUUUUUCAAGAUCCGUUCUGUUGGAUUUCCGAAAUAGAAUUUGCCAACCAGCUCGACUCACCAACUCACACAGGAGCAGCGCAACUUCGAUCUUUUUUCCUCAGCGCUAUUUUUUUUUUUUUUUUACAAAGCCACCGUGGCAUUAUAGAGCAGAGGUUCAUCUUUCCUAGCGAAUCACAAGUAUAGCUAUACGUUUAAACGUGAAUAAUUUUUUUUAAAGAAAAAAAAAGCAACAACAAGGAAGGAAAGAAGACGAAAAUGAUUUGCACAGUUAGUAGGCUGUUGGCCACUGUGGCGGUGUUGCUUCUGUGGCGUGUGGAAGAGAUCGCAGAAGCCUGCAGUUGCUCCCCUGUGCACCCACAGCAGGCUUUUUGCAACGCAGAUGUAGUCAUCAGGGCCAAGGUGGUUGGAGGGAAAGAGGUGGAUUCUGGGAACGACAUAUACGGCCAUCCCAUCAAGAGAAUCCAGUACGACAUCAAACAGAUCAAGAUGUUCAAAGGCCCAGACAAGGACAUUGAGCUCAUCUUUACCGCCCCAUCCUCAGCGGUGUGUGGGGUAACCAUGGAGACCAAUGGAAAGAAGGAGUACCUCAUCACAGGCAAGACAGAGGCAGAUGGGUCCAUGCAUGUGACCCUGUGUGACUUCAUCACCCCAUGGGAGACCAUGAGCCUCACGCAGAAGAAGAGCCUGACUCAGCGAUAUGAAAUGGGCUGCGAUUGCAAGAUCACUCGAUGCCCCUCUAUCCCGUGCAUGAUCAAUAGCCCAGAGGAGUGCUUGUGGACAGACUGGGUGAUGGAGAAGAGCAUCAGUGGUCGCCAGGCCAACCACUACGCCUGCAUCAAGAGGAGCGAUGGCUCCUGUGCCUGGUACCGUGGGGUUGCACCGCCCAAGAAGGAGUUCAUGGACAUUGAGGACCCCUAAUCCUGUCCCGACUGCCCACUGCAGAGCCCGCAUAGAAAUGCCUGCAUUAAGAGAAUAAAUAACAAACAAGCAGACAUACACAAAAAUUAUAAUGUUAUCAUGAAAAUACAAUUAAAGUAACCAUUGAUAUGGACAUAGAACAUGCAACACAAAUAGACUGGGUGAGUGAUGAUGUCACUUCCUGGAAUAGGCUGGCAGUAGAAAAUAUGGUCAUUAUUCAAGGGACAAUGUUGUGACAAGAGCACUUUCUGCCCCAACAAGCUCUUACCCUUCUUUAGAAAAAUAAGCACAUUAAAAUUUCCUGGUCAACCUCUGUCUGGUAGUUCAUUUUCAGUCACAGUCCAAAGCUAAGGUGUUGUCAGACUUCUCUGAAGCCAAAAUAAAAGGAAAAAUUUCCUUGUAACCAUGCUGUAACUAGUGGCAAGGCAGGCCUUCCCAGACCAUUCAGUCAUGUCUUUUGUGAAUGAGUAAAGAAGUGAAGCAUGAGCUAUGAGAGGAAUACCUAAAUCCAAAGUUGAAUCUAUGCCCCUGUGUAGCCCUGUCCCAUGGUUAUUGACCAUAUGAAACAUGAGACACACUAGUAAUGUAAAUGUAAAUUAGAUAGUAGUAUGUCGUAAUCCAUAAGAAAUGUACAGUGGAUAUAAUUUUUUAAGCGCAUAUAUAAUGUCAUGAGGAAUGAGUCUUAAUGAACUAUGAGCCAGACAUGAGGGAGCCAGGUACCUUAUCUUUCUUUAAAGUUGUUGAGGGUCCUGAAUUUGUUUUUGAUUCAUAAUUCUUAAUUAAAAUGUUCCCCUGUUUAAUUAAGAAUUAGACCCCAGGAGAUUUAUUUUUAGUUUUAGUUGUGCCCAACAUGGUAUUGUAAUACCUCUGAGCAUUUUGCAUUGUCAUCAUAACAAGAAAGAUUAUACUUACAAUCCCAACUCAUUUUAAAUGACAAUAAUUAGCUGUGACUUAGUUUAGUCUGUGACUUUUAUUUAAAAUGCCGUGCUUCUCAUUCUACCAAAACAAGAUGGGAGAAUUCUCUAAAGAAGGAAAUUCCUCUGCAUCAUACUGCUUGUAACUCAUCUGAUUCAACUGAAUGAGUCAGAACAUUUGUGGUGACCCUUGGGGAACGCAACCAACUCUACAGUUGCCCAAUCAAAAUGUAAACAGAAAUGACAAGGAAUAUGGCUCGGAGCCUCUUGUUAGCUCUAAGCGUUUUCUGCUACUGUGCUGUGCUGUCAUUUCUGAUAUGGCUAUCACUUAGGUUAUGCAGACACUUUGUAGAAACAUCGUCAAAAGGGUUAAUUGUAGAUAUCCGCUGACCUUAUCCUAGCCCUAAUCUUUUAUGAGUGCCAAAUUCAUAUCGCUGUUCUCCAGUGUUCUCAAGCUGCUGUCACAGCACUGUAAGGACGAGUAACCAGAAUAAGAAGAAGGUAAUCUGCAUUUUAGUGAUGGAUUUGACCUUUAGCCUUUCUGAGUCCGUUUGUGACGUCUCACUUGUCCAGUCUAUGAGAUUUGUAUGGAGAAAUGGGGUCCAUUCCCUGUGGUCACCGUUUCCUUCCCCCGCCCCCCACCACCUAUUAUUACUAUGAAUUGGUUAAUAAUAUUGAUUCUAUCUAGAUAUGUACUCCCCCUGAAAAAGAAACAUCCAAAACAAGAGAAGACUGAGUCUCCUCUUUGCUUCAUAUUUUUUGUUUUGUAGCUUCUUUAUAGUACUUGAUAUAACUUUCCAGUGGUUUUCUAUCUUGAUUGUAUUUUGUAUUGCCAUUGCUAUAAGAUGUGUUUACUGUUUUUUUUUAUUGUAUUUUAUGUCUUUUUUUUCAAAUACUUUUUUUUUGUUUAUCCCUGAGUUGAGGGCUUAGAGAUUGCUAGGUGUUAAGUGAGACAUAACACUUGGAGUCCGCUUGAGAGGUGGAGUUUACAUAAUUUUAUGAACUGCCGUAAUCUUCAGAGGGAGAUGUGGAAUCGAAUUCCUGCAGGCUUGGUGCUCAUGCAGGAUUUCUUUCCACAAUUCUUCUGUGACAUAAUUUGUCCAGUUAGUCAAUUAGUCCAAUAUUUGCAUCACCAAAUUCCCCCAAAAUAUGUUGCACUAAAAUGUAUGUUGUGUAUAGGGCACAUGUAUAACCUUGAUGCAAUUAAUAAUUUUAAAAAUGGGAGAAAAAAAAAUGUAAAUUUGAUUGGGCGAAGUAAGCAGUAAAGUGCACAGUUAAAAAAAAAGCCCAAAGCUUACCUCUGCUUGUAAACACUUCAACCAAAAAUAAACCCUUUACAAUCAAGUAUUGACCGAGUUUGGAUGACAAGGACACUGGUACGGUAAUAACUGCGUCUUAAUAAUUUUCAUAAUUAACCAAAAAUGUGAGUAGCUACAAUAUAAUUAGCUAUCAUUGCUUUGAACCAACCAUAGUGUUUUGCUAUUGUCCUGUGAGUGGUAUGUAGGAGUCAGCAAUCUAUAUUACUUGGGUGGUGGAGAAGCAUCAUUCUCACAUCAUUAGCAUCUGUAUUUUAUAAAUGUGUAUAUAUGGCUUGUUUUGCUUGGUGGUGAUGGAUGGUGGGAGGUUGAAUGUGAGGGGAAAGGGGUGUGGUGGCUGGGAGAGGCCCAGGUGCUCAUAGCCAGAUCUCCCAACAACACGUGUGCUUGAGCUAGGCCAUGUGGCACUUCACAUCACUCCUUCCGUGGGGUGAACGGGAUUGUGGGAUUGCGGGACUAGUUUAUUUUGUCACUGCAAUCCAAUUUGACACCACUAUAAGAACCCCAACCCACCCCCACCCCCUGCCCAAGCAGGCAAACUAAAGUUCAACUCCUGAAAGCCAAAGUUACAAUGAACAGCAUAAUUAGUGCAAUGGAUCACACUAUGGAUAAUGGAUGCUUUCAAUUAACUCAAAAACUGUUUGAUCAUUAAGAGUGAGAAUUUAAUUCCUUCAAAUAAACAUUUGAGAGUCAAUGGCUGAGACUGAGCAGGCUAGCACUGCAUCUCCGGCUCCUCUCUUGCUGAUUAGUGAAAUGCACCCAAAUGUGUCCCCGUUAGUGAUUCUGCAGAGAAAACAGUUGCAACCUCCUCAUUUAUGCUUUUUGAAUCUUUCUGUGUUACAAAUGAAACACAUCUUUUUUAGAGCUAAUGAAAUGUUAAAAACAAUCAGAUGAAGCGUUUACAUGUUUUCGUACUCUUCAUGCUAUUGCAAGAAUUAUAUUGGAAAAUGCAAAUGUAAUUUAAAAAUGGGUAAACCCAUGUUUUUAUUUUAUAUGCCAUUUUCUUGUAUAUUAUGUUUUUUCGUGUUUUUUUUAUUAGUCUUUGUCUCUCAAGCGUUUUGCGUAGUGUGAGACUUGUGCUGGAACCACAUGAGAGUAGCUGUGUAACGAGAUCCAGACUAUGCAUGUCUUUAAUGUUUUGUAUAAUUAAUAUGUGGAUGUUCAGUCAAUUGACGAAAUAUACAGUAUUACCAAAUAAAAAUUUAGAGUAA